AUGGGUUCAACAGCAGUAGCUUUGCAUAACAUUCCAGUUAUAGAUUUUUCUAACAAAGAGUUGAAGCCAGGCUCACACGUGUGGGCUUCCACGUGUGACCAAAUUCGAUUUGCACUCGAAGAGUAUGGUUGUUUCGUAGCCAAAUAUGAUGAAUUAUUGUCUAAUAAUGAAGUUGAUACACAAAUCUUUUGCAAAUCGAAGGAUCUUUUCGAUCUCCCAAUUGAGACGAAAAUGAAGAACACUAGUGAGGAACCAUUUCGUGGCUAUGUUGGCCAAAUCCCUCAACUUCCACUCUAUGAAGGUUUAGCCAUUGAUAGGGCAACAAGUCUUGAACAAGUGAGGAAGUUCGUCGAUCUUAUGUGGAUCAAUGGCAACCAUCAUUUCUGUUGA